UUUAAGUAUGCACCUUUUAGGUCUGCAAUAUUCUUAUUAGACAAGGCCCUCUCAUAUCUAAACCCAAGCCCUCACAUCUCACCCCUCCAAAACUCACUUCUUCUCUCAGGCUUUAAAGUUUCAGAGUUCAUACUGGCUUGCUCUUCAAAUGGCUCAGAAGGUGGUGUUGAAGGUGAUGACCAUGACUGAUGAUAAGACAAAGCAGAAAGCUAUUGAGGCUGCUGCUGAUAUUUUUGGAGUUGAUUCGAUCGCGGCUGAUCUGAAGGAGCAGAAGCUGACAGUGAUAGGAGAGAUGGAUACAGUGGCAGUGGUGAAGAAAUUGAAGAAAGUUGGAAAGGUUGAUAUAAUCUCAGUUGGGCCUGCUAAAGAAGAGAAGAAAGAAGAGAAAAAGGAAGAAAAGAAAGAAGAAAAGAAAGAGGAAAAGAAGGAAGAAAAGAAAGAGGAAAAGAAAGAAGAGGCCAAAUAAACCACCAAAUUCCAGUUUCCACCAGUGAGGUUUCUCUAAAAUACUUAUAUGCCACUAUAUUAAUAUUAUAUAUAGGACUGUUAUUGAAAUAAAUUAUGGAAAAACUUCCAGAAUAAAAACUCAUGAAUGAACUCUUGUACUACCACUUUUUUACACAAGGUACAAGUGAUUAAUGCUGUCAGUUUCCUCUUGGGUUUUCAAUGGCUAAAUUUAUGAUGCACUUGUUUAUUAA